AUGGCUUCCACGGACGUCCGUCAUAGAUUGGCGCCUAUUGUCGAAGCCGGCACCGGACUACCUCAUAUCGAUGAGGAUGAAGGAGCAGGUGCCGCGAAGGAGAAACCUGUCACGUGGCGCUCACUCCCUAGGAAAGACCAACUCCUUAUUCUUACUCUAGCCAGACUCUCGGAACCUUUGACGCAGACCUCUCUGGGCUCCUAUAUCUACUAUCAAUUGAAGUCUUUCAACACUUCUCUUCCGGACUCAACCAUUGCUUCCCAAGCCGGUAUCAUUCAAGCCGCUUUCCCGGCGUCUCAAUUUCUUACGGCCAUGCUGUGGGGUAGAUUUGCAGACUCGGAAUGGGGUGGACGGAAGAGAGUCUUGUUGAUUGGGUUGCUGGGGACCAUGUGUUCAGUCAUUGGGUUUGGAUUUUCUACGAAUUUCACUGCUGCCGUCAUUUUCCGUUGUUUAGGGGGUGCUUUGAACGGCAAUAUAGGUGUUAUGCGAACUAUGAUCGCGGAAAUCAUUAAGGAGAAGAGGUUUCAAUCAAGGGCUUUCUUGAUCUUGCCUAUGACAUUCAACAUUGGAGUUAUCAUUGGACCAGUCCUCGUUGGAAGCUAUCCUUCCAUAUUUGGCCCGAAAUCACUUUUCGGAGGCAAAGAUGGAGUACAAUGGAUGAUCAAGCAUCCGUACGCUCUUCCUAACCUCAUGAGCGCUACGUUUCUCCUUGCUUCCGCCACAGGCGUCAUUUUUUUUCUAGAGGAAACCGACGAAAUUCUCAGACACAAAACAGACUACGGUCUCCGUAUCGGCAACUGGCUAAAGCGUAAGCUCUGCGGCCGAAGGGCCACCUCAGAACAGGGCUACGCCGCCAUUCCACUAGACGAUCCCCCGGAUUCCGCCCGUUUUGCCGACUUGGAGCUACAACCCACACCGACGUCCGCGAAUCCUCACGGAUCAGCAAUAGACUCUGACAAGCCUUUCCUCGCCCCCAUCCGCCGCCGCAAACUUCCCUUCCGACGAAUGUGGACCAGGAACGUCGUAACAACUCUGAUUUGCCACGGCCUCCUCGCCAUGCACGUCGGCACUUUCAACAGUCUCUGGUUCAUCUUCCUCUCCACUCCACGCUUCGACCCGGCGCACCCAGUUCCGGUCAAGUCGCCUCAAAGCUUCCCUAUACACUUCACAGGCGGUCUUGCUCUCCCACCAGCCCGUAUCGGUGUUGCCCUCGCAAUUCUCGGCUUCAUUGGAAUUACCCUACAAUUGCUGCUCUACCCCCGCCUGAGUGCACGUCUAGGGACGGCGCUCUCCUACCGCAUCAGCCUCGCUAUCUUCCCAAUCACCUACGCGCUGGUGCCGUACUUGUCGAUUCUUCCCUCGAGCACCAAAUCACCGCUCCCCGUCGCAGGUAUCGUGGUAUGGGCGGGAAUCGUCGUGGUGCUAUUCAUCCAAGUCUCUGCGCGGACAUUCGCGCUACCGGCAACCGCGAUCCUGGUGAACAACUGCUGCCCGCACCCGAGUGUGCUGGGAACCAUGCAUGGCAUAGGGCAGAGCGUGUCGAGCGCGACGAGGACCAUUGGGCCGAUUAUGGGCGGGUGGCUCUUUGGGAGGGGACUCCAGAUGGGGAUUGUUGGCUUGGCAUGGUGGUGUCUUGGGUGUGCGGCAGUUGUGGGGUGGUUUGCGUCGAAUUUUGUGAGGGAGGGGGAUGGGCAUGAGGUUCUGAUGGAGGGGGAAACGAGGGAGGGAGAGGAAGUCGAGGUGAGAAGGUGA